CCGGCGCGCUGCGAAGCCACAAAAACGAGGUUUUCAGUCAAAGGAUGUAGUGUUUUUGUACGAAGCAGAGGAUAAUAAACGAGGGCAGGUGUUGCAUGUUUUUUUAAAUGGGAAAUCUGUUGGGCAGCUGGCGUUUCAGGGAGCCGAGCACCGUUGAGGAAUGCGACUCGACGUGGGGGUCGGACUCAGAGAGCGACGAGCCGGCGGCUGAGGAUGACAGCGGCAUCUCCGACUCCGUCAGCCCGGCGGAGAGCGAGCGGGCCGCCGGAGACGCGUCCCCGCAGCUGACUGAAUCACCAGAGUCUGUUCCAAAGAUGAAGAGGAGUUUCUACGCUGCCAGGGACCUCUACAAAUACCGUCAUAGCUACCCGAACUACAGAAAGUCCAGGCAACCCAACGAGUACCGUAACCUGCGCUUCUAUCUGAACAAGAUCCCUCUAGUACCUGAUGGUAUCUACAUCGAGGAGAUUCUGACUAAGUGGAGAGGCGACUAUGACAAACUGGAGCACAAUCACACCUACAUUCAGUGGCUGUUCCCAUUAAGAGAACAAGGGCUCAACUUCUACGCACAUGAACUGACUCAGGACGAGAUCAAAGAAUUCCAAAGCACUCGGGAAGCGAAGCGGAGAUUCCUGGCGGCCUAUUCCCUGAUGUUGGACUUCUAUGGCAUCAAACUGCUGGAUAAGAGCGGGAAUGUUGCUCGGGCUUCCAACUGGCAGGAGCGCUUCCAGCACCUUAAUGAGUCCCAGCACAACUACCUGCGGAUCACUCGCAUCCUGAAGUCCCUGGGUGAGCUCGGCUACGAGGCGUUCAAGGCCCCGCUGGUUCGUCUGUUCCUGGAGGAGUCACUGUGCCACAACACCAUUCCCAACAUGCAGCACAGCGUCCUGGAGUACUACGUCUACACCAUCCGCCUGCCGGCCACCCGCCGACGCCUGCUCCGCUACGCCCGCCAGCACUACAGGCCAGCGCACGCCUUCCUCUGGGGUCCGCCGCCUAAAAGGCGAGGGGGCGGCGUGGGAGGAAGCGUAGGUGCUGGAAGUAGUGGGAUCAGAGCACCUGCCCCAACACCAGAGCGACAGCGGAGGGGGGAGGAGAGCACCACCCCUGCAGGUAGCGGGCUCAUUGUGUCUUCCCAUGAUGCCAUGAUGUGCCAGGACCUGGCUGGGGGAGGGCUGAAAGGCUGCGCAGGACUCGGCUCCAAUAUGGCGGGACUGGAGGGGGCGUUGAUGAUGGCCGGAGCGCGUGGAGAGAGGAACGAGUACAAUGAGAUUGUUCCUUUGUAGGGAAUAAGGUUCAAUUGUUUGAAGGCAGAAAACAAAACAGCUGUUUUGAAAAUUAACCAGUUCAGUUUUAAAGAAAGAAAGUAAUUAUUUAUGCCAGAACUUUUUUCUUAGCAGAGCGAUGAAGCUGAGGCUUAGGGUCGAGACAGUGAUAGCAGAACACAUUCAUAGAGUCUGUCAUUAGAAUCCAUUCAGGUUAAGGGCUUACCAUUAACAACU